UACUUUGAGAAAACCCACAUCCACCUCACACAUUCCUCUCUUUUCAUUUAAAGCAAUCUCCAACCAGCCAAAAAGAAUUUUCAAACCCCAAAUAAAUCCCUCCAAAACUCCCAAUUCCACUUGCAACAACAAUGACAACCUUAACCCACCUCCUCCUCCUUCUCCUCCUCCUCGUACCCGCUGUAACCUCCAUCGGCGUCAACUACGGCACUCUAGCCGACAACCUCCCGCCACCAGCCACCGUCGCACAGUUCCUCAAAACGAACACCAUAAUCGACCGCGUUAGAAUCUUCGACGUCAACCCAGAAGUUAUACAAGCUUUUGCAGGCACGGGGAUCCUGGUCUCCGUUACCAUCCCUAACGGAGACAUCCCGUCCCUAACGGACCCUUGGAACGCCCGUAGAUGGGUCAAUUCCAACAUUAAGCCUUUUUAUCCCGCCACUAAGAUACAUUACAUAUGUGUCGGGACAGAGGUGCUCCACUGGGGCCCACAGAGCAUAGUGGACCACCUCGUGCCCGCCAUGCGAGUGCUACAUUCAGCACUCGUUAAAGCGGGUAUUAAAGAUGUUAAAGUUUCUACCCCUCAUUCGUUGAGUAUUCUUUUGAAGUCUAAUCCGCCUAGUAAAGCCUUGUUUCGGCCCGGAUGGGAUGUCGGGAAUCUUGCCCCGAUUCUUCGGUUUCACCGAGAGACCAAGUCCGCGUUUAUGGUUAAUCCGUAUACGUAUUACGCGUACACGCCGGGGAAUGAGAGUUACUGUUUGUUUAAGCCUAAUGCUGGAUUGUACGAUAAAGCCACUGGAAAAAGGUACACCAAUCAGUUCGAUCAACUGAUGGAUGCAGUGUACAUAUCGAUGAAGAAACUGGGUUACCCAGACGUCGAAAUAAUCGUCGCAGAGACAGGGUGGCCGUCUGGUGGAGACCCGCAAAACACCCAUGCCAAUGUUGCCAAUGCGGCCGCUUACAAUGGUGGGCUCAUCAAGAAAGUCAACUCUGGUCUCGGAACGCCAUUGAUGCCCGGCCGAAAGUUUGAAACUUAUAUAUUUUCAUUGUUCAAUGAGAAUCUCAAAGGGCCGUCCUUGGAUGAGAAGAAUUUCGGCCUUUUUCGACCCGAUUUUACUCAAGUUUAUGACAUUGGAAUUAUGCGCCGAUCUCAGUCAACAAGCCCAUCACCAAAGUCACCAUCUACCCCAAGCCCAUCACCGAAGUCAUCGUCGCCGUCGACCCAAGGCAAGCGUUGGUGUGUGCCCAAACCAGAUGCCACUGAUGUUGCACUUCAAUCCAAUAUAGAUUACAUUUGUAGCAACGGUAUCGAUUGUAGCCCGACCCAGCCCGGUGGGCCUUGCUUCGAGCCCAACACAGUGCGAGCACACGCAUCAUUCCUCAUGAACUCUUAUUAUCAGGCCCAUGGCCGUCAUGACUUAGAUUGCGACUUUGCUCACACCGGAACUGUAGCAUCCACCGACCCAAGUAAUGGUCACUGUAAAUAUAUUUAGAUGAAGUGAAUUCGAUGAUUAGAAUCAUGGGUUCCUUGUAACAAAAUGUAUGGUUUCCUUUGGUUUGUUGGGUAAUACACUUUAUUA